UCAGGGACGGCAGAAACAUUUCAUGUCGCAGGCGAAGACCCAACUGCUGUAACGAUGCCCUCGCAGCAGAGAGCAGAGGAAGGGACCAGUUUUAGCCUCAAGUGCAUUAAAGAUAAAAAGGUCCCCAUCGGGGUCACUGUGGUCGUAGCAGCAUUGCUCCUCACCAUCAUCGCGCUGGCGGCUAAGAAAUGCCCAUCCUGUCCAUCCUGCCCCUCUCCCAUCCUUUCCAGCUGCCAGGAAAAUGGGAUUGGGUACGGGGAGAAGUGCUUUUACUUUGUGGAGGACGAAGCGGGUUGGAACAGCAGUCAGAUCUUUUGCCUUUCUCUUGGAGCCCACUUGGCCACCAUUGACACCCAGGAGGAGCUGCGUUUCCUCUUGCGCUAUGGGAGCUCCUUGCACUACUGGGUCGGUCUCAGAAGGGAAGGCUCUGAACCUUGGAAAUGGUUCAACGGGUCUCUCUUCAAAAACCAGUACGUCCCGUCUUCUUCUGGAGAACUUAACCAUGUCCUGGGCUGAGAUGGGUCAGGGACUGAAUGCAAGAAGACACAUUAUAUACAUAUAAAUUUAAUGAGGUGGGAGCAAUUAAACACCACUUUCCUUGCUUGAGCUAAAGCGCUUGGACCGCAGUCCAUGGAUUUGUGCGACGCAGAUGCUGGCAGGGG